UUUCUACAUCGGCCACGCACAGUUCAUCUGCCGCUGUAGUCGUGUACGAACGUUAAACAAACAACUCUGACAAAAUGUGCGGACACAAAACGAUAUAAACUCCAGUUACACCUGCUAUAGAGCAAUACCGAGCUGUUGGCAACAGUGAAAGGUGGGAAGUAUAUAACAAAAAACUGUAAGCAGAGGCACAGUCCGAGAUGCGAACUGCUAUCUGGGUAUUCACCCUCGCGGCUAUCGUGGUCGCUGAAAUAGCAGACGAACCCUGGGUGGAAGAAGAGGAUUUAGGAGAUCAGAAUGAUUACGAUGACCACGACAGGUCUAAGCGCGAAACCUACGUCGAGGGACCCUUUGAAGAACACAUAAGAAUAAAAAGACGGUGCGAGGAAGAAGCACCAGAUAGAGAGAGGGAAAGGCGCUCAGUGGAGAACGUCAGGAGACCACGGCAAGUUCACCAGUAUGAGGUCCAUGAAGCUACUAAUGAAGCUGCUUUACCUUCUCCACCUUUUGAGGAAAUGUUAGCAGCUAGUGCUGAACACUACCAUAAAGUGUACGUACCCGCACCUAAAGGACGCAGCCUGAAUCCCGAAUUGAAAGCUAGUCCACUUACAUUCGGUACUCCUGUAGCAUUAGAUCCAAUACAACUCGUGGAACCACCAGCACUUCAGUCCUCAUACGUAACUAAUGUCGCUAACGCCAAUGAACCGUUAGCAGCGGAUUCUUCUCCGGCAGCUGGUAAUCAUCAUCAACAAAAGGCUCCACACUCUAUCGGGUAUUCCAAAGGAGGUGGACAUCAAAAUCAAGGCAAUCACUACAUCGCCAGCGGUGGGAAGAACUAUAAAGGGUCUCACAGUAAUCAUUACGUAGACAAAGGUCAAAAAGGUCAUAAAAAAGAUGAAAAUCAUCGAAAAGAAUAUGAAGAAGCUGCGGGAAAAAAGAAAAAACAUCAUGACCGAGCUAACCACAAGGGCAGCCACGAGGAAGAAGCGUUCGGACAACGAGGGGCUCACUUCGGAGAGAAGAAAGCACACAAAAAAGGACACAAAACAAAGGGAUAUCACAACAAAUACCACAAGGACGAAUUCCACAAGGAGCACAAAUUCUACGACGAUUAUCACAAGGGAGGUGAACACCAUCGCUUCGGCAAGUUCAACGCCAAACACGCCAGUAACGAGAGUGGGAAGAAGAAGGCCACACACGUGAACGCUGGACAUGACUUCGUCCAACACGGAAAGAAAGGCUACAGUAACAAAGGUCAUCUGGAUGCUGACCACAAAGGACACAAAGGACAAAAGGGUCAUGAAGAACAUCACCAGGAACAUUCACAACAUGGCAAAAAAGGAGGCAAACAAGGAAGCUCCCAGUGGGGAUACGCCAAGAAGAAUUAGCAUUUACUUAACUUUAAUAGUUUCGAUAAGUUAUGGUAUGGUAGUAACCUAGUUGUUGCGGUAGUAGUGAGUUUUUUGAAGUUCUUCAUUAUUACAAGUCAGAUGAUUAAUGUUAUAAUAUUUGGUCCUUAAAUUGUUGGUUGGUUGGUUAUAUUUAUUAUGUAUAGUUAAAGACUAACUUGUGUUGAUAUCAUUUUAUAAUGUAGGCUGUUUUGAACGAACUUCCCUAUUAAUAGUGAUAAAAAUAUUAAAAGUUAAAUUUGAACUAAAAACGGUAUGUUAUCGAUCAAUUUACUGGAACAAAUCAUACCUGUUGUAACCGCGGUAAGGUCGUUCACACUUUCUUUUCUUAUAAUAAGAUUGUACAAUCAGUUAAUUUGAUACUUUUUUAGAGAUUACAAACAACUUCAUUUUCUAUUUAUUUGUACUACAUGCCGAUAUUUCAAUACCAGUUGUGAAAACUGUAGUCUUUAAUUAAGAUGGACGGUGAGUGAUUUUUAUUAAAAAAAUACAU